CAAAACAAAUUCAACCUGCCCAAUUUCAACAUGCAGCCGAUAAAUUGUUUAAAACUAAUAAUAAAGAAUAUAGUGCAGAGUUUGUAAAAUUAGCUAUAAAUAUUAGUAACAUUGGACAAACUUCUAUACAUGCACCAAUAGAAUACACUAAAGCCUUCUACUAA